AUGAAUUGGCAGAGCGUCAAUCCACCGGGGGUCAAGAUCCUCAACUUCGAGCUGAUUCACCAGCAAGCGCCGGGUCGCGGCAUCACCGACCUUGUGUCAAGGGCGACAAUGGUUAUAGAGGCGGCAAAGGUCGCUGGCGAGGAGUUGUCUCUUGAUGAUGCGGUCCGGAAACAAAUUGCUGACUGGCACCCAGAGGGAGCUUCUAAAGCACAACCGGGGGAGCGGUGGGACGUGUACAGGGUUGAGCUCGAGAGUGUCUGGCCGGAGACGAUUUUCGAUCCGGACAGUGACCCUGGACUGAACAAUACGAUUUGGGGUGUCCUGAUAGGACACCUCGCAACUCUUGCGAGAGCGGACACUUCAAAGCUUGCAGCUUACCUGUCACAAAACUUGCAGAACUGGAUCAUGGAUUGCGACUACAACGACAUUUGUCCAAUCUGCAGACAGCUACUUCAUCAUCCGGCAUCAGGCAUCGUCUGCGGACAUGCAGCUUGUCAUGUUUGCCUCUUGACAUGGAUCGCAACAUCAAAAACCGAGCCCCAGCCUCUCAACGCAUCAUUCCGCAUUGCUUGCGAGUUAAAUGUUGACUGCAUAUCGCUUGCAUGCCCAAUAUGCCGGACAGAGACGACAUUUUCAAUUGAUGCCACUCGGUCAUCCCAGCUAGAGUUGACAUAUCCGGUCAUGUACCAAGAACGAGCCAUGCAGAACACCGAGACCGAAUUCAUGACCAUUCAGCUUGGUAACACACACAAGAAAGUCCCGCCCUCCAUCUCACCUUUCUCAGGCAUGAUGCGUCACCACUGUUGGACCUUCUUUUUGAAUAGCUCGCAUGCAGACUUGAUCGACUCUGUCGAUCUCAUCCUACAUGACAGUUUCCGAAACCACCGUUUCAUCACACUGCGGAAACCACCAUUCACAAAGUCAUCCCUUGGUUGGGGAUACUUCCGUAUCGCUGCUUUCAUCACACUUCACGAUGGAUGGGAAUGGGAGUCGUCUGACGCGGUGAACAGUCAGUCCAAGAGCAAAGGACGUAAGGACAGACUGCCGGUAGAAUGGACCUUGGAUUUUAGUGGAUGUGGUAGCCAGUCGUUAGCAACGAUCGCUAUCCGGAGGUUGGAUACAAUGGACGAGAUUCUGAUGUCUCUUUGUCGUCUUUUCACCACAGGCUGA